GGCUGGACCGCUCUGCCCCAACAGCAGGGCUACGACCUGAACAGGAGCUGGGAAGUCGUACCGGGUGCAGUCAUGCCGUUCUACAUCACCUCAGCUGGCAUGUAUCAACGCGAAAAUGUAAAGCGGAUAGUCGUCACUGCGCCUGGAAAACCUAGAGACACUUGGCUUUAUGCCAAUCUAGCGCAGAACGCCGCCGCGGUCGUGUAUAACAACCAGAGCAGUGGAGUCACAAACGGAUCUGUGGUCAUCGUCAGCCCUGCCUGGCUCAACGAGGUGGACCAGCAAGCGGGCAGCGUGCAAGGCAACGAACUGUACUGGAACGGCUCUGCGUGGGAGUAUGGUGGAAAUUCGGUCGGACCCAAACUGAACCACAGUCUGUCUACGUUUGAGGUGCUGGACUACUUUUUAGACUCGUUUUUCGACACUGCUCAGUGGCCAGCGCUGAGUUCUGUCACUCUCGUAGGUCACUCGAUGGGCGGACAAAUGGUACAGCGCUAUGCUACGCUCAAGAAGCAGAAACAGUACGACGACAAUGUCUACUACUUUAUUGGCGAUCCGGGAAGCUACACUUGGCUUUCCAAGGACAGACCGUAUCCUAACGCCACGUGCGAUGCACAGGCACAGCAGUACCAUUACGGUCUCUACGGGAAUCAGACCAAGGUGAUCAAGUACGCUCGCAAAGAUGUGGUGGCAAACACGACCUACAUCGUGCAGCGCUUUCUGAGUCGCAAGAUACACAUGGCAUAUGGUCUACUCGACAACGGUGCUGGUGACACGCACUGCCAAGCGAGAGAACAGGGCGGGAACCAUCUCGACAGGGGCUCCCAAUUUGUCCUUUCCCUCGCGAAUCUCACAGGCACCAAGACGCUCCCGCCCACCCAUUCCGUCUCUUUCCUAGGUAACAUCAGCCAUCAAGACUACGCCGUGUACAGUUCAAAUAGCUCCUUGCAGUUCCUCUUCGUCAACGAGUUCGGCAACAGGUAUCCCGACAUUGUGCCUUACAAUCCUGGCGAAGCGAUGAACGGCACAAAAGCCGUUCCGCCAAAGCGUCCUUACGACACGCAUAACAACAGGCUCCUAGCGUGGAGCUUGUUCGGAGGCAGCAUCGCCUUUGUCGUUUGCGUCUUCUCCAUCUUGCCAUUCAUCUUUACAGAUAAUUGGAACGAAGAGGAUUACAAGAGGGACAUUGCCAGGUUGGCCCAGGUUGCGCAGUACCCUACCGGCUUCUCCUCGUUCGCUAAAGGCGUGAGCAAGAAGCACGAACCGCAGUUUUCGGACAAUAGCAUUGGCAGCCGACGAGGUCUGCUGGAUCACAACACUAGUCAGCACAACUUGAUCUAUUGA